AUGGCCCAUUCGUCUUCAUCAGAGUCCUCGCGCUCUGGAUCCGAUGGUGAUCUUGAGCCAUCCGAUCCUUGUACGCAUGUACUUCCUGAUCCAUAUAGGUGGGAGGUACUCCGUAAGAGGACACAACGCAGUCACGUUUCACAAGUUGUGUGGAACGAGGAUACGGUUAGGGGGUUAAAGACGAGGCGAGGGAAACUUCAGGGGGGACCCCAUCACGAUGAUAUACCAGAUGUUGUCGCUGACUAUUUGACACAGGCUGGGUUCAUACACGUGGCACGUAUGAGUCAUGUUCAGAUCGAUACCCCCUUGAUAUCUGCUUUGGUUGAGCGUUGGAGACCGGAGACACACACAUUUCAUAUGACGCAGGGAGAGAUGACCGUUACAUUACAGGACGUGGCUGGUAUACUUGGUUUGCCUACUGACGGGCAGGCAGUUACCGGAUCUACAGCGUUGGAUUGGAUUGCUAUGUGUGAGGAGAAUUGA